AUGAAAAAGCUUUCGAUUGAUAAAAUUACAGAAUAUCUGACUUUUAUCAAAAAAUCACAAGAAAAUCAGAUAGAAUUACCAAACCAUGUAAUUAAUAUCAAGGAAUUUCUACAAGAUAUAAUCAAUUUCAUUGGUACAAAAUUUUUUGAUAUCGAAAUUAAAAAACUCAUUGAAUUCUGCAGAGUUGGCGUACAUCAAUUGCGUGAUAACAAGGAUUUCAUUGAUAGAAUAAUAUCUCGAUGUGAACAACUUGGUUAUUUUCAAAUGCAAGCACGCAUCGAUCAUUUGUACGACUUUUUGCUUGAAUUAAUCAACGAUUGCAACAUUUUUGGUUAUUUAAUUAAAAAGAUCGAUAUUAUGAAAAUAAAACCAUCAGGAAUGAGCAGUCUAUUGAAUUUGGUCACGAAGAAUGAGUAUAAAGAACACCACAUAGAAAUUAUAGAUAUGAUAAACAGGUUAAAUUCGACUCUUAAUCGAAAUCCAUUUGUAAUUCAAACAGAAAACUCCAAUUACCAAUCAUUCGUUUCAAUUGCAUGCGAAAAAAGUCAAUCCAAUCAAGCAAAUGGAAUUUCUAUUAAGAAGUUUUUAGAUAUCUUCAAAAUUCAAAACAAAUUUGAUGAUAUUUAUAAUUUCCUUUCGCAGAGAGCAGAUAUGAAAGAUGAAUCGACAAUAAAAGUUGCAUGUACAAUCGGAUUAUCAGAAAUCAUUGAUGAUCAACAGAACACAAUUCUUCUUUCUGCAUGUUUGAAGAACAAUUACAAUCUUGUCGAAUCUCUUAUCAACAACAAAUGCAACAAAACAGCAAUUAACAAAAAUAAAGACAAUGCAGUUCUUUGCACAUCAAUCAGUGGCAGCACAAAGAUAUUCGAUUUUCUCAUUAAAAAUGGCUUAGAUGCUAAAAUAUCUAACGAAAUCACAGGGAGAAAUGCCGUUUUAACAGCUUGUGAAAGUGGAAACUUUGAAAUGAUUAAGCAUCUAGUAUCUCAAGGCUUUUCACUUUCAGACUUAGACAAAGAAAAUCAAAAUUGUAUACUUCUAGCUGUUUCUUCUGGUAAUUGGGAAAUAAUCCAUUAUUUAAUUCAAAAUGAUGCAGACCCAUCUCUACAUUCAUCAAAUAAUGACAUUCCUAUUUUUAGAUCCGUAAGGCUUGGACAUCUUGAGAUUUUCCAGAAUUUACUUAUAUAUUGUCACAAUUUUGAUCCAAAUGCUGAAGAUGAUUUUCUUACAAUUGCAAUUUCUCAUCAAAGAUACAAAAUAAUAAAAUACAUUAUCGACAAAAAAUUAGUUAGAAUUAAAGAAAAACAUAAAAAUUUAGUUAAAUCGUAUCUUUCGAAUUGCGAUUCUCUUGAAGAAAUAGAAACCAUAAAGAAGAUUGACCCAAUUUUUUCAAGCAAUUAUAAAGCACAGGAAUCUACUAAAUCUGACGCUAAUCAAAACGAAUCAGCAUAUGUUGAUAUAAAUCUUAAUGAAUCAACACCUGCUGAAACUAUUCAAAACGAAUCAACACCUGUUGAAACAAUUCAAAAUGAAUCAACACCUGUUGAAACAAUUCAAAAUGAAUCAAUACCUAUUGAAACAAUUCAAAAUGAAUCAACAUCUGCUGAAACAAUUCAAAAUGAAUCAAUACCUGCUGAAACAAUUCAAAAUGAAUCAACAUCUGUUGAUAUAAAUCAAAAUGAAUCAAUACCUGCUGAAACAAUUCAAAAUGAAUCAACACCUAUUGAAACAAUUCAAAAUGAAUCAACACCUAUUGAAACAAUUCAAAAUGAAUCAACACCUAUUGAAACAAUUCAAAAUGAAUCAACACCUGUUGAAACAAUUCAAAAUGAAUCAAUACCUGCUGAAACAAUUCAAAAUGAAUCAACAUCUGUUGAAACAAUUCAAAAUGAAUCAAUACCUGCUGAAACAAUUCAAAAUGAAUCAACACCUGUUGAAACAAUUCAAAAUGAAUCAACACCUGUUGAAACAAUUCAAAAUGAAUCAACACCUAUUGAAACAAUUCAAAAUGAAUCAACAUCUGUUGAAACAAUUCAAAAUGAAUCAACAUCUGUUGAAACAAUUCAAAACGAAUCAGCAUUUUCUAAUCAAACUCAAUCACAAACAUCCGACACAGAACAACCAAAAUCAUCAAAAUCUAGUAAAAAUAAUGACAGCAAAAUAACUAUUGAUUCAUGGCUAUUUAAAAGAUCAAAAUAUCGAAAAAUUUUCUUCUGUAUGAUGACUUUAAUUAUACUAAUAUUUAUAUUGAUUCAUUAA